AUGAUGGAGCCGGGACGCGGCGCGGCCCGGGCGCUGCUGCUGCUGCUGUGCGCGGGCUGCGCGCUGCGCCCCGGGCGCGCCCAGUACGAGCGCUACAGCUUCCGCAGCUUCCCGCGGGACGAGCUGAUGCCGCUCGAGUCGGCCUACCGGCACGCCCUGGACCAGUACGGCGGCGAGCGCUGGGCCGAGAGCGUGGGCUACCUGGAGAUCAGCCUGCGGCUGCACCGCCUGCUGCGCGACAGCGAGGCCUUCUGCCACCGCAACUGCAGCGCGGCGCCCGCGCCCGAGCCCGCCGCCGCCGCCGCCGCCGGCCUGGCCCGCUACCCCGAGCUGCGCCUCUUCGGGGGCCUGCUGCGCCGGGCGCACUGCCUCAAGCGCUGCAAGCAGGGCCUGCCGGCCUUCCGCCAGUCGCAGCCCAGCCGCGAGGUCCUGGCCGAGUUCCAGCGCCGGGAGCCCUACAAGUUCCUGCAGUUCGCCUACUUCAAGGCAAAUAACCUCCCAAAAGCUAUCGCAGCUGCCCACACCUUCCUGCUGAAGCAUCCUGAUGACGAAAUGAUGAAGAAGAACAUGGCUUAUUACAAGAGCUUGCCGGAUGCCGAGGACUACAUCAAAGACUUGGAAACCAAGUCGUAUGAGAGCCUGUUCAUCCGAGCCGUGCGGGCGUACAACGGGGAGAACUGGAGGACGUCCAUCACCGACAUGGAGCUGGCCCUCCCCGACUUCUUCAAAGCCUUCUACGAGUGCCUGGCCGCCUGCGAGGGCGCCAGGGAGAUCAAGGACUUCAAGGACUUCUAUCUCUCCAUAGCAGAUCAUUACGUAGAAGUUCUGGAAUGCAAACUCCAGUGCGAAGAGAACCUCACCCCAGUUAUAGGAGGCUACCCCGUGGACAAGUUUGUGGCGACCAUGUAUCAUUACUUGCAGUUUGCCUAUUAUAAGUUGAGUGACCUGAAGAACGCAGCACCCUGCGCAGUCAGCUACCUGCUCUUUGACCCCAACGACAAGGUCAUGCAGCAGAACCUGGUGUAUUACCAGUACCACAGGGACAAGUGGGCCCUGUCGGAUGAGCACUUCCAGCCCAGACCAGAAGCAGUUCAGUUCUUCAACGUGACGACGCUCCAGAAAGAGCUGUAUGACUUCGCUCAGGAAAAUAUCGUGGAUGACGAUGAGGGAGAGGUGGUGGAAUUCGUGGAUGACCUCUUGGAGCUGGAGGAGACCAGAUAG